CACAGUCAGCAUCUGGAACCUGCCCUCAAAAGCAAAGAUACUCCCUCAAACUUGAUGUCAAAGAUGGCAAGAUCUACAAUGAACAGAACUUUUUCCAGCGAGCUGCGAAGGCAGGCACAGUGGAGAAGUGGAAGAAGUGGCGCUCUGUGCCGUUGCUGGGAAUCCCCAAUUGCGUUGGCUUUGGACUACACGCAGAUAGCUACAGGUUUUUGGUGUUCUGUGACUUAGGGCGAACUCUUCAGUCUGUCCUGAAUGAUGGCUUACACCUACUGAAGGAGAAGGCAGCUUUUCAGAUCGUAGUCCGCCUGCUAGACUGCCUGGAGUACAUUCAUGAAAAUGAGUAUGUGCACGGGGACAUCACAGCUGAGAAUGUCUAUUUGAACCCAGCAGACCUCACGCAGGUGACCCUAGCUGGCUAUUGCUUUGCAUUCCGUUACUGCCCAGGAGGGAAGCACGUGGCUCAGCGUGAAGGCAGCAGGACCCCUCACGAAGGCACGGUAGAGUUCAUCAGUCUGGACAGCCACAAGGGAGCAGGACCAUCUCGCCGGAGUGACUUGGAAUCUCUGGGCUACUGUCUUCUGAAAUGGCUCUGUGGCUUCUUGCCCUGGUCUGAUGAGCUGGACAAAGUAGAAACUGUGAUGGAAAAGAAGGAAAAGUACAAGGGGGAUGUGAAAUGCCUUCUCCGACUGUGCUUCAGGCAGAGAUCCAUUCCAGAUGCCCUGCAGAGCUACCUGCAGCAAGUAAUGGCGCUAGAGUACGAGGAGAAGCCCAACUACGAGGCCCUGCGGCAGCUAUUCAAGAAGCCACUGGAAAAGAUGAAAGCUUCGGCUUAUGACCCUGUGGAUAUCAAACUGGUGCCCUAA